CGUUCACAGUGAUCAACGAGGCACGCUGCAUGGCGCAUUCAUCACAACGAAGAAUGUGCACACGGCGAAAAAGAGUCAUGAUCAGUCUGUCAGUCUUUCUCUUAUGAGACGAAACGAUCAGUUGGUCAAUCUUUUGUUGCGCAAAAAUCAAAGCUCACCAUCCACCCAUCCACCCACCCAGCCAUCAACGACAGGCCACGCUCACACACGGCGUCGUCAUCGCCAUUAUUCGACUCAACACACACGCACACAUAGCACAGGAAUGCACAAAUGACUGACAGCUCGAUAGAUUUCCUAAGCUGUCUGUCUAUCGACGACAAAAAUCACAGUGCGUGCGUGCGUGUGUGUCUCCGACACGCCCACACCACGGAUGGACAAAUGGAGUGAGUAGGGAGGGAGGGAAAGCAAAUGAUUCGCGCGUACGUAUUGCAUUCUCCGCUCUCUCUGAGUGAGCCAAAGGAAUUAAGAGCAACAUGCAAGGGAAGGGAAAAGCCCAGAUCGAGUGAAGUAAGUGGCACAGCACAUGCAUGUAGCGAAAACUCACUGAUGAAUGCAUCUACAUCACAUCCACGGCGCGGCACACGGAGGGCGGGAGCAUCCAACUGGGAUGCAUUAAUUACGCUGAUCGAUCGUACGAGCCCUCACUCCAUUCUCUUGCCGUGCGAUCAGUCUCCUGUUGUCGCCCGAGAUGGCGAACGAAAGUGCACAAGUCACUCGAUCGAUCACGGCGGAUUGAGAAGCUCAUCACGCGUAGGCAUGCAGAAGCCAGGAUUUGGGCCGGCACACGUCAAAGAGCAACACUCGCUGUCUGACCAAUGAACCAACAACACAUCCAUGCCAUGAUGUAGCUAUAAGUGACUGACUCAUCGUGCACACCGCCGUAGCACGCGACUCCCAGGGGUCUGCAGCCGGCGUCUGCGGAGCCGCCCUGCAGCAACCGCAGGGUGGGAUGCUUCGCUGAAGGGAACACACACGCACAAGUUUCUCUCUCUGUUUGCGUGUCGAGUGCCUACCAUUGGCAAGUUGGUGCACCACGCCGACUUGUGAGGCUUCACAUCUUGCGCCGAGAAGGAAGAUGGCCAGCAGCACCAAGGAGGAAAUCCGCAUGACGACAGACAGGCCGGCUCGUUGCCCAUCGAUGGAUAGAUGCGCGUGUGUCCGCGUGUGCAGGAGUGAUACUGUCCUCAUCGUGGCGGGAUAGAAUACAUCCGCG